CUCACAGCAGAGAUCUCUCCUAAACGGAUAUAUUACCACUUGUGUGAGGGACCCACCCGUCUACCUGCCGGCUCUUACCCGUCUCUGCUGCUGCAGCAUGUGCAAAGGACUGACAUCACUGCCCAGCUCCUGCCUAGAAAGGGCAAAGGGACUGAAAGCAAGGCUGGGAAGCAUCCUGCAGAAGUCCGACUGGCGUCUGUCUUGCUGCAAAAUGGGUAAAAACAGUCCAACCCCUGAAGAAUGCCUGAAGUGGAAAGAGUCAUUUGAAAAGCUCUUGUCGUGCAAAUAUGGACUGUGUGCCUUCACGGCCUUCCUGGUGUCGGAGUUCAGCGAAGAGAACAUCGCAUUCUACUUUGCCUGCGAGGAUUACAGGAGCACCAAAUCUGCCGCCAAGCUGCCCGCCAAAGCCCAGAAGAUCUAUGACGAGUUUAUCGGCAGCGAUGCUCCCCGAGAAAUCAACAUCGACCACGAGACGUGUGACAUCACCAAAGCCAACAUGCUGUCACCUUCAUCCUCCUGCUUCGACCUGGCCCAACACAAGAUCUACAUGCUGAUGGCCAAAGACUGCUACCCUCGCUUCCUGCGCUCUCCAGCGUACAGGGAGCUGGCCUUCCAAGCCAGCAAUAAAUCCACCAAACAGACCCGGCUAGGGAAGACGGCGUGAAAACGAAAUGAACAGAUGACAAAAAAAAAAAAAUGAGGGCAAUGGAUGUGUUUGCCUCGAGGCAGGAUGGAGACGAGCAAGGCACCAUGGCAUUAUAAACGCUGCAUCAGGAGGCCUGACCGAGGUGAAAGACGGAGGACCGGCCAAGCGACCGGCGCCCAACAGAUGAGGGUGGUACAUCACUACCGGGAAGAAUUUUGAAAGAGGAUGAAAAUAGAGAGAAAGUGAAAGAGAGGAGGAUAGCGGUAGAAAUUAGAGACACACUUUAUGUGGACUUUUGUAGGGGGGGCUGACACAUGCAGCUUUGAUAGACAUGUUGGGGGGGGGGGGGGUGAGCAGCCUGUCUCAUGUGUGAUGCACAGCAGAUGGCGAGACAAUCCAACAGGACGACGGCAUAAAUAGGAGAAGGACGAACUCUCGUGUACUUGUGAUAUGUGGUGUCGCUUUACUUUUCUUUGUUUACUGACACUGUGAACAGGCAUGAGGAUUACUGUCUGUCCAGCUACUGUAUUUGUUUGUUCAUGUCUGGAUUUUUUUUAUGAGAAAAGCAAAACCGACAUGUUACUUUUGUCAUAUUUAUAUUACGGUUGUAUUUUUUA